CUAAGUUAUUUGAAUAAAGUUCUGACCUGUGGGCACGAGACCAAAUUAGACAACCUGAAGCCGGAAGUCAAAUAACCGUAAAAUAAAGCUAUAGGCUUUAACGGAGACCCGACAGGCGAAAUAUAUGGAUACGAGUUAAGUGUUUUCUGCAGAAAAAUCUCCAGCUAGGCUGCGCAGUCCUGAUUAACAGUGCAGCAGGAAACUAUAACCAUACCUGGAUGAUUUCUGAAUAACUCAGGUCUGACUCAGUCACUGUUCAGCCAUCAUUUCAGGAAAUGGAAGCUGAUCAUGUGGGUGAUAAAAGAGCAAGGCUACUGGCGUCAAGAACGAGAUGGAGUGAAAUUGGUGACGUAACUACUACUCAGCCACUCACCAGGGCCAUUACAGAAGUGUAUAAUAGGGACAGCAUUAAUCAGUGGAAUAUUCACAUUACUGACAAAGAUGUUGAACAAAAGGGUGUCCAGGAAUAUGCAGCACAGAAUCUGGACAAGACUGGCAUGUCUGAAGAUGACUUAGCACUGUUAUCAAAAGCAUCUUUAUAUGGUAAAACGACAGUGCAAGGAUUUCUUAGUUCAUAUCCUGAAAGACCUCCUCUGACCUCUGCCUGGAACAGCUUAACAUCAGGAAUUUCAAGUAAUUCUGGACCACCAAGUACCAUGGAUGUCCUGACCCUGUGGCAGGAUGAUCCAGAGGAGUUGCUGUUGGAUCUGGGCUUUGGUGCUGAGGAGCCUGACAUCACAGUUAAGAUCCCAGCCCGUUUUAUCAACCAUCAGUCCCAGGCCCGUGGCAUCAACCUUAAAGUCUUCUUGGAGGCUCAGCAGAACCGCGUAGAUAUAGAGAAUCCAGAUGUCAGAAAUCGGUUCAGGCAGAUAGAGGUGCUACAGCAGGUCACUACAGCCUUCAAUUCCUUGGUCGGAGGUGCCAAUCCAGGUGCACAGAAACCUGUGGAACUUUCUGAAGAAGCCAGGGUGAGGAGGAAACGGGUUGGCAUGCUUUUCCGAAAUGCCUCCAAGAAGUCGCUUAGCCAACUGGCCAAAUACCGAGACGAGGAGGCACUCUCCCCUUCAUUGGCAGGCCAACCAUCCAGCCCAGGGCUGCCUGGAGAUCUUCCUCUUGACAAACGAAUCCCGCUGAAACGUGGCAGCCUUAGUCCUCUGGUAGAGGAGCAGACAUUAAUCCCAGAAGGAGAUGAGUCCACCGAGUCCACUUGCCCCUCUCAGGUUAAUAGCAGCAGUCCAAGGGGAGGUAAAGAACUGAAAAAUGUUACAUCAGUCAUCGCCUCUGCAAAAGGGGGUACAGGAGUGCCAGCGGAGUCUUUUGAACUAGAAGAGAUUCAGAGCUUUGAUGAGGGAAGCAUAGGAGGAACCUGCGCUGGCACUGCUGAUCAGCUAGGUAACGAGCGGGCAUGUCUUUCUCGAGUGAGGACAAAUAGCUGUCAGUCUGACAGUAGUGGAUUUUUGGAGGAACCUUUCGUUCCGGCUUACCCCAACCCUGGGCCUGAGCUCAUGAAGGUGCUGAAUGCCAUGUCAGGGGAUAGUACGGAAAGCCCACAGAAGAGUAUGGACCUGCUGGAGACAGUCCAUUCUCCACAUACCCAGGAUUCUGAUAAGUUGCUUGAACAGACCAAAUCCUCAUCAACAGACUCAAGUAUUGAUCGAGCAAAGGGACCAGCACAUAAUGGGAUGAUAAUAAGUACAGGUUACACUACAAAGAGCCACUUACUGGACACUGAUAGACCAGAUUGUUUGGUAAAUAAAGAAGUUGUUCAGAAGGACAUCGUUAGUGACUGUGUGGGAGAAAGUACGAAAUUAAAGAAAGACACACCGGGUCUACUUGACUACAGUGCCAAUACUGUACAAAAUACCACAUUACAAAAGGAUUCACCAGCUCUACAUGACUACGGUGCCAGUUUUGGAGAAAGUGAUAAAUUUCAAAAUAACUUAUUAAAUCCAUCUGACGAUGUGGUUGUGGACAGUGAUUCACAAAAGAAAAUAUGGAAAUCAGAUGUUUCUUUAUAUAAAACGGAUUCUUCUUCCACUGACCCAAAAGCAGGUAUAGAAAACAAUGUCCCAUCCUUCACAAGAGGAUACUAUGGACGUUCUGUCUCAGUGCAAAUGUGCUCCAGCUUGGCCUCCCAGAGUUCUCUAAGAGGCCUCAUCAGCCACAAUUCAUCAGCAGGGCACAGUCCCACCAGUGAUGUUCACCUUAGAAGAGAGAGCAGGGAACAGUUGGACUCAGAUGUGGCUAAUAUCUCAGACAAUGCCCGAAGCACAAAAACUCCGACAACAAUGGAACACACUUUAUCCAACCAAUGGCACUCUCAGGAGAGCUUCAAGGGACCAUAUUCACUCGACAAAGGCCGGUCUUAUGAGGAUGACCCACGGUGGGAGGCAGUGCUUUGGUCAGGAGUUCAGAAAUGUGUCUCCUGUAGGCACAAACAGCGAUGCUGCUGCCAGAAUAAGAACAGAGAGAAACAGUACUCUGGCAGUCCAGAGCAACUAAACCCAACCUCCAGCCUGCCUUAUUCCAUGGAGGAAUUGAUGAGCAUGAUGAGAUGUAUGUGGAAGUUCCGGAAGAUGUUGACAGAGAUCGAGGAAAGGCUGGAGGAGGAACAGGAGACUGUAAAUAGUUCUUUCUCAGAUGAACACAGGGCAGAGGUGCAGGACAUUCUGAAGCUGAGAACAGCUGUCAAGCAGGAAUCUGAAAUGUUGGAACAACAGCUCAGUGAGCUGGUUCAGGCUUAUGAUGACAACAUGAAAAUGAAGAUGAGCAGACUUUUGGAUGAACAGUCCCACCUGUGCACUCAGCUGAGGUUUACACCCCAACCGGGACAAAGCUCCAAAAAAAGCGUGGGCAUUCAAUGUACCUUGCUGACAGACAGCCCCAAGUCAUGUCUCUCUACACAACUCACAGACGACACGAGGCUAAUUCACAAGGCAGACAAGUUGGACUUUGUAGGAUUUAUCAAAAGCUUAAAGGAUGGAUCCAUCAACAAUGAUUCACUGGAAUGAGAAUUCUCCAACAUCAAGAGUGACGAGGAUAAAUGAAUCUUGGUGUAGUAUUUUGAUGUGUUAUUAUAAUUAUAUUUUUCCACUGUAAAAUAUUUUAUAAGCUCAAUUAUUUUUGUAGUCAAAUUCUAUGAAAAUAUUAUGUAUGUCUUGAAUGCAAGACCAAUAAAAUCAGUCAAUGUAAGAAAUUUACAGACAUCUAUGGUGUUGUGGUAUUGUUCCUAUGAUCAUUUAUUCAUUUACAUUUUUAUCUAAAGAGACUUAAAAAUAAGGAGUUACAAGCAAACUGAUAUAUGAAGCAGAGACCAAUUGUCACAAAUCCGAAAAAUACCGGUAGCACCACAGCAUCUCCAUGUGUGCUCGAUUUGUGUUCCACCCUGUUCUGGGUUUGUUUACUUUGCCAAGUAUCUUUGUUUUGAUUCCUGUUCUGUCUCCGCCCCGUCAUGUCAUUUCCUGUUUCCUCUCGUGUGUCCUUAUUGAACUCACCUGUUUUUAGUUUUGUCUUUGAUUUAUGUUACUUAUCUUACUUAAAGCCCUUGUGUUUGUUAUAGUCAAAGUGUACAUACAGUGCGUUUUUGUCCAUGAUAUCACCUAGCCUUCUGUGUAUAGCAUUUUGAUGCAUGUAUUACCCGUUCCCUGUUCCCAUUAUGUCUAGUAGCAACCUAGCCAGAGUUUUGUUUUGCCAAGCUUAGUGUGCCGAGCCUGUUCUGUUCCUGAUCUGCUUCUUUCUUCUUUGUUUUUGUUAAUAAAGAACAACCUCCUGCACUGUCCUCACAGCUUGUAUCUGCUCUUGUGCCCCAAAAUAACAAUACAAGUAGCACUAGCAUACAAGAUUUUUAGGGUGCAAGAGAAGCAAAGUGCAUAAGAGUAGAGGUGUAAGCCUCUUUAUAUUAUUUUUUAUACAUUUUGACACUUUUUUUAUUCUUUAUUUUUUAAAUAU